AAGGAAGUUAGAGCAUUUAAUUGAGGAAGUCCAAUGUGUUUAAAUCGAAGCUGAGGGAAAGACAGAAGGCUAGUAGAACACUGAACAAGGCUGACUGGUUGGAAGACAAUCGACAUCAAGACAGCAUCAAGACACAGGUGAUAACACUUUGACAAGGAAAAUGGAUUACGGGGACAUCAUGAAGGUUGACACAACCGGAGCAUCUCAGAAAACAGCUGCACAAGACAGACUGACAUACGAUGGUGUGCCAGCGUCCAACAAGAUGGCACAAACAGACUUGGACAGUAUGAACAAUUACAAAAGCAUAAUCCAGAAAGUGGGAACGCAAAAGCAAGUUGAUCCUGCCAUCAUCGCUGCCAUCAUUUCCAGAGAGUCCAGGGCUGGAAAGGUAUUGAAGAAUGGCUGGGGAGACAACGGUAACGCCUGGGGACUCAUGCAGGUUGAUACAAGGUAUCAUACUAAACAAGGUGAAUGGAAUAGUGAGGAACACCUCAGCCAAGGGACAGCCAUCUUGACUGAUUUCAUCGGAAAGAUCAAGAACAAAUUCCCAAGCUGGACUGCAGAGCAGCAACUCAAAGGCGGGAUUGCGGCCUACAACAUUGGUCUGGGAGGCGUUCAAACAUAUGAAAGGAUGGACGUGGGCACCACAGGAGAUGACUACUCCAGUGACGUCGUUGCCAGAGCUCAGUGGUACAAAAGCAGUGGAGGGUUUUAGUGUCAAAACAUUGUUAUGAAAAAAGCUCUUGUUAACAUUCAAUAAACACCAGCCAAACCAG